ACCGUUCAAACGGGCGGGGGGGGGGGCAGCGCCGUGCUGGGAGCGCCCUGCGCCAUGCAAGCAAGCGACUUCGACUCGUCGGAGGAGGACACAGCAGACGAAGCCCCAAGCCCGCUCUCCAUCUCCUGGUUGCCUUUGCCUCCUGUCUACUCUUCUGUGUUCCUGGGAUUAUGUUCCCUUCCAGGUUGCAGGUUUAAGGAUGUUAGAAGAAAUCUUCAGAAAGAUAUAGAAGAACUAAAGGCCUAUGGGACCCAGGAUAUAUUUGUGCUUUGUACCAGAGGAGAGCUUGUGAAAUACCGUGUACCCAACCUUAUAGACGCCUACCAGCAGCAUGGGAUCUGUGUGCACCAUCAUCCUAUUCCUGAUGGGGAUGCUCCUGACGUUGACAAGUGCUGCAAAAUUCUGGAAGAGCUCAGGAGCUGCCUAGAAAGUAACCGGAAAACAAUCAUACACUGCUACGGUGGCCUUGGACGCUCGUGUCUCGUAGCUGCCUGUCUCCUGCUUCAGCUUUUGGAUGCACUGGCACCUCAGCAAGCGAUAGACAGCGUCAGAAACCUGAGAGGACCUGGAGCAAUACAGACCAUCAAGCAAUACAACUUCCUCCAUGACUUUCGAGAGAACAUAGCUGCACAUCUGGCAACAAAGGAUACUGUGUUGAGAUCAGUGUCACGAUAACUCGUGUUGGUGUGGAGGAUCGUGGUGUCUGCAUGGCUGCGGCAGAUGCCUGGACGAGACAUCUCACUCCUGACCUUUACAGUUCCCCAUCGCUACUGCCUAUGUGACACAGCUCUUCGCUUUAACUUCUGUGCGUACAGUGCUGGGGGGUGAAAGGCAACCUGCAGGACAUCGAGCAUCCUCCUCUGUACAGCUGUCUUUUAAUACUCUUACAUAUAGUCUUUUAAUGCCUUAAACUGACAUGAAAGUGUUUGUGUUCAUAACUGCUCUGCCGGUGGCCUGCGCGUUUAAUGACCUUGUUUUUGAGACAAUAAUGACUCUUACACUAUGUCUGCUCCACAUUUAACUUCACUUGGUACCGACAGAGUAGGUAUCUGCUGUCAUUGAACUGUCAUGGUGAUGUUUUCACGUUGGCAUCCUACCAGCUGCAUCAGUGAAUUUGCCAAGAGGAAGGGAGGCCAGGCUGUCAAUGCAGCAAGUGAAUUCCAUUUUUAGUUCAUUUUUACUUUUAGAAGGGAAACUUUCUGAGGAGCGGCUGAAGUCACUUUGUCUGUUCAUCCUGGAGAAGACUGAGGGGAGACCUCAUUGCAGUUACAGCUUCCUCACAAGGGGAGGAGGAGGAACAGGCACUGAGCUCUUUUCUCUGGUGACCAAUGACAGGAAGAUGUGCUGGGGAGGGUUAGGUUGGACAUUAGAAAAAGGUUCUUCCUCCAGAGGAUGGUGGAGCACUGGAACAGCUCCCCAGGGAAGCAGUCACAGCGUCACAGGAAGCCUGACAAUAUUCCAGAAGCGUUUGGACAAUGCCCUCAGAUACAUGGUGUAAAUGGUGUUGUCUUAUGCCGGGGUAGGAAGGAGUUGGACUCAAUGAUUCUAGUGGGUUCCUUCCAGCUCAAGUCACUCUGUGAUCUCUGUUCUACAUAACAUGAGAAGUGGAACAAGUAAUUGGGCCUGAGGGCAGGACAGGGAACAGAAUAGUCUGUAACUCCUCACAGUGAAGUGCAGACUUCCAGUGCCAAUGGGCUGGCUUCUACUCCAGCAUGUAGGGGAAGAGAUGAGAGAAAACUUCCUUCACUACUGCCUUUUUAAGGGUCCUGCUAGAAUAAUGUACCUAGAUAAAAAUUACACCACUGGAGCUCUUGAAAAACCUCAGCUAUAUCUUUAAGCCAAAGGAAAGUCAAGCAUGAAAAGUUUCCUGCUGGAGUGCUUGUUGUUUAUGAGCCAUCAAGAACUCAUUCUAAAAUACAAUGGUUCCACUCAUCAUGUUCAGGAAUGAGAGCUCUCACUCCAACAGGAGAAGGUUUUAUACUGAAAAUCAGUGACAAACCAAGCGGGUGUGUUUUUUCAUAGAAUCCCUAGGUUGGAAAAGACCUUCGAGAUCAUCCAACCCAACCGUACCUGUCCACUACUAAAUCAUAUCCCCAAGCACUUCAUCUGCCCCUCUCUUAAGCACCUCCAGG